AUGGCAGGCAUCGUCACGUCCGACCACGUUGUUCAGUUUCGCGCCGUGCCAUACGCCACCAUCCCCGCUCGCUUCAAGCAGUCUGUUCUCUCAGAUACGCUUGCGGGCAAGAGAGACUUCACGGAACAUGGCUAUGCAUGCCCUCAAGUCUUUGGUGUCGACACAGUCGGCGGCGGUAACUUUCCUGGUGAAGUCUUUCCGCACGCAACGGACGAGUUGAAAUGUGCCAUCCUCCAGGUCAACGUACCGCUCUCAUACCUGAAGGAGCAGCCACCCUCUUCAAGACUACCUGUAUCGGUCUACAUCCAUGGGGGAGGCUUCGUUCUCGGAAAGAUUGACGAGCAGCACAACACAUCUCUCAUGGUCGAGCAGUCGAUCCUUGAUGCCCGACCCAUUAUUUCCGCAAGCGUACAAUAUCGUUUGGGAGCGCUCGGGUACCUACAUACUCCAGGAACUGGGAACGCAAAUCUCGCACUAAACGAUCAACGAAAUGCGCUUCUUUGGAUCCAGAAGUUCAUCGAGGGUUUCGGAGGAGACAGGAAGAGAGUUACCGUAUUCGGCGAGUCUGCUGGCUCCAUGUCAAUAUGUGCCCACAUGCUACGCCAACCCCCGUCUUCAGGUCCGCUUUUCCAAAGAGCAAUUCUAAUGUCUGGUAUUAUCGGGCCAACCACAGUACCACUAUCACUCGAAAACGCAGACAAGACAUACAUUAAAUUCUUGAGAACAGUAGGGAUUGAAGAAGAAGGCGAGGCAGGUCUGGAGCAAUUACGUCAGGUGGACGUACAAAAGAUCGUUGAAGCAUCCGCCGCGCAUCGAGCGGCUGGCGAUAUGUGGCUUUCGGUUCAAGAUCCUGAAUGGUUUGGUGAGGAAGCGGGUUCUGUGACAUGGGACCGCAUUCCCGAGUUGCUUGGCAAAUGCGAGUGGGUCAACGAGAUUAUUCUAGGUACUACAGGUUUUGAGGGCGUUACGUUAAUGUCAGAGAUUGCUACUGUCAGCCCGGACGCCUUCCUCCAAGGCAUUGCAACUCAGCUGGGCGAGAAGAGCGCAGAGCUUAUUGGGAAGGCUUAUGGCAUCUCACCAGGGAUUGACAAGAACGUGUUCCUAACGGCAGGCGCACGUUGGGUAGGCGACGUCGUUUUCGAUGCACCGACUCACCAACUCGCACAAUAUCUCACCCAUCAUACGAACAAGAAGGUCUAUCGGUACGUCUUCGAUGUCCGCAAUCCUUUCGCCACUAGUCCCUUCUGGCAGCAAGCGCAUCAUUGGGUCGACGUCUACUACGUGUUCAAAACGUACCAAUUUCGCUACCCGUCACAAAGACUCAAGGACAUCUCUACCCAACACGCACGAACUUGGAACAGAUUCGCGAAUGGAGAAACACCGUGGAAAGAAUACAGAUAUACCGGCAAAGGCGACGAAGUGGUGAUGGUGGCAGACGAGAGGGAUGGCUGGGUAGAGAGGACUGUUAAAGAGCAUGAGAAAGUUGUGGACAACAGCUGGCGGAGGUGUGAAGCGUUGGUUGAGAGCUGGGACAGCAUGCGCGGGAAGCAUUUCUCGCCGUUCCAAAUCGAGCCAAUGAAGGCGAACAAGACAGCCUAG